GUCCACAGUGUGGCAGACACUGCAUUAUAUAGCCUCGUGGGUAGCACCUGCGGCUCCACUAGUACUAACAUAGUAACUGCCAUCCCAACGGAACAGCCGAGAGAGACAGAGACAGAGACAGAGACAGAGACAGAGAGGCCCACGUGAACCAACCAAUCCAAGGUACAUAAGUUACAAACCUCAGUUUGGAGCUCAAUUCAACCUUCUUGCCAGCUCGACGGGACCGGACCGAGCCGAGCCGAUUCCAUCGCAAUUACAUCGGCCCAAAGCCGAUAGCCCAAAUGGUCGAUCCUCUCACCUCACGCGCCCGCCCCGGCGACCCCUCAACGGCUCGACCGUACCGUAUGAACCCCAAGUCUUACGGCUCAUGCGCCCGGCACUUCAUCGCCGCCUGAUUUUUGUUUCUUUGCUUUGCCCUCAUUUCUCCUUUACCCCCUUAAACCAACCAUCCUCCCCCGCUCCCACCCGAAACUAUAGUCACCACCACCGCCUGGCUCCCGAUGGGUGACCUUACCGAUACCCUCUCGCCUCCGUCGACGACCCCACCGGCCGCUGCUCACUCCCGCCCCUUGCCGGUCCGAGAGGACUGCUGGAGCGAGGACGCCACCUCCACUCUGAUUGACGCCUGGGGCCGCCGUUACCUCGAGCUUAACCGGGGGAACCUCCGUCAGAAGGACUGGCAGGACGUGGCCGACGCCGUCAAUGCCCUCCACGGCCACACCAAGAAAACCCACCGUACUGACGUCCAGUGCAAAAACCGGAUCGACACCAUCAAGAAGAAGUACAAGAUCGAGAAGGCUAGGGUUUCUUCCUCCGACGGAACCCUCGCCUCUUCUUGGCCUUUCUUCGAACGCCUCGACCCUCUCAUCGGAUCCAACGUCUCCAUCAAAAAACCACCUCCGCAACCGUCUCCGUCCUUGUCGCCUUCUCCGCCGGUGGCCGUCCCUCUCUACAACAAGAAAACGGCGCCGUCACCAUCUACUGCGCUGGUGGUGUUGCCGCAGAAGAGGACGGCUUCGGCGAUGGACGAGGGGUUUUUCAGGAGGAACUACUCAGCGAUGGCGGCUGCGGCUGCUGCUUCGGCGGAAGAUGACGUGGAGGAUGAGGAUGAGGAGGAGGAGGAGAGGGAGAGCGAGGAGGUGGAGGAGAGAGAGGGGAUGAGGAGGCUGGCGAGGGCGAUAGAGACAUUCGGAGAGGUGUACGAGAGGGUGGAGAGGGAAAAGUUGAUGCAGAUGGUUGAGUUGGAGAAGCAAAGGAUGCAGUUCGCUAAGGACUUGGAGGUGCAGAGGAUGAAUAUGUUCAUGGACACGCAGGUUCAGCUUGAGAAAAUCAAGCGUGGCAAGCGUUCUAGAUCCAACGAUUUAUACAGUUAACAGCCUAGCCAUGUGAGGGACAGCUUUGCCUGGGAAGCAUGUGUAACAUCUCGAAUCGACAGUUGCGACGAAGUACAUAAUUGUUCUGGCUGAUAAUGGCAUCCGAAAAUCUCCCGCAGAUGAAUUUGUUAAGAGUUAUGUGAUGUCCUGUUAAUAUCUGGGACAUUUUUUUCCCUUUCUUUUCUCUAUCAUAUAAGUUAAUUGGGCGGCUGCACUAGGCCUGAAUGUCGUCCAAUGUAUUUGAUUCUAACUGUAAUAUCCUCUUGAUUUUGAACUA